UGGUCAUGUAGGCGGUCCACGCCAUGCUUGCAUACGGAAACCUAAUCUGCGGGGCUCAUAAUGGAUAUCCAUCAAGCGCUACCUAACACCGGAUUGACAAAUUCCAUGUUCUGCAGAUAUGCAGGGCAUUUGACGUGUUGGCUGCACAGCUGCUGACCCCACCAGCAAGACGGGAUACCCUCAUCUGUGCUCUGCCUGCUGGCAUCGUGACCCACAUGUGCAUGAACUUCAUAUUUCAGUCAGGUGUCCAUGCCGUCCACUAUUACUGCCCAAGAAGGAAUCAGGACCAUAUAGGGCUGAAGAAGAGAAAAAGUCUUCCAAGGCAUGGACUCGACCGCUUCGAGGAGAGUGAGACCACCUCCUACUCAGAAGCACAUUUCGCAGGGUUUGACCAUGCUUUGUUCGAGGUGAAGGAAGUACAGCGCUUGGCCCGGGUAUUUUGCAGUUGUGUCUGGUUGCAACCUGUAGUCGGGGACUUGAUCCCUGCCGGCGGCGCUGAUCGCGGCAUGGACAACCCAGAAUCGACCUCAGCGGUGCCUCUUAGCAUGUGAAAACGAGUGCUUUCUCAAUAAUGACAGUACACAGUAUCAGAAUAUGGGGCUGGAAUGCAGAAGAGUGGCUUACCCGUGGAAAAAUGUCACGCGCCGGUUACCACAGCACACAGUAUGCAGCAAUGGCAGAGGAAAAGAUCCACAGCAGAAGUGUGAGCUGACGCGCCUGACGCAAGCCACGUCCGAUGCAACCAAGCCCGAAAAGGCCCAGAAACUCGAAACCCACCGAAUUGCCAGGCAAGAGAAGAGACUCUGACAACUAGAACGGAGGGCGUGCAGCAGUUCGAAAACUAACUGCUGCAUGUCUCCCGGCCCCGCGCCCAAGAACCCUCCCUGAAUGCACAAUCACGACAUGGCCCGGAAGCUUCUAGCCUCCCAUUGCGCCGGAUCGCUCGCUCUGCAGACACCACACCGCCCCAUCCUGAGUCUCCCCAUUAUUAGUACCUACCCCUCCUCCUCGCCCCUGCACGUCCCCUCCUCCUGAGGUCACAAAAAGAGGAGAGCCACGCCUGCGCAGGGGCCAGCGGGAGACCAAAGGUCUCGUGUGGUCAGCCGUCGAAAGAAAGAGAGUGAAACUGGAGCAGAUGCAAGAAGGGCAGCAGUGACAGAAAACCCGCAGCAGGACGAACCCACCCGCGCUGUCAGCAUUGGGGCCACGAAGGGGCACCAGCGUCGACGGGCAGGUAGGAUGUGCAGGAAGGAUGGGCAGGAUAUGCAAUGCAAGGCGAGGGCAAAAGCUAAGGGCAGCCCACUCCCCUGAGGAUCCCCGGCCCCGUUUGGGCAUGGCGCCAUGUCAUCGCGGAACGUGUGGCCCAAUGGAAUCGAGUGCGGGAGGGCCCGACGAGGGCCCGUCGAGCCCAGGGCACGCGGGCUUGUUUGUUGCGGUGAAGGGUUUCCUUCUCCUCGCCUUCUAGUGGGGUCUGCUGUUCCCGUACCACCCCGGCCGCCCUUUGACGAAGAGGCGCCCAUCCCAUUCCAGUCAGUGACUCUGGGGGGAGUCAGAGAUAGCAAGCCUGUGUGGAAUGUGUGGGAUUGUGGCUUUGGUAUAUCUGUGCCGGGACCUCCUCACAGUUGACGAGAUCAGUCCGGGCUCUCUUCCUGUUUUUUCUUCAUCGCUUUGGCGAUAGAUGUCGUGUGCAAACUGUCUGUGUACCACGUUCCUGAAUCUCCUUGAUUGCUACUCCAUCCACCAUACUACACAUAUCACCGUACUUGCUGUUGUACUAGACAAGGCAGGAUCCUUGUCUCUCCCCUGACUUGGCCUGGCCCCCCAGCGAUUUGAACAUCUGAAAGCAGACAGAAGAAGAAGAGACCCCUCUGCCCGCCAUGUCGAGCUUUAUCGCCGUGUGCGUCACCUUCCUGGGCCUGACCCUCAUCAUCGUCAACGUCGCCGUCUUCCUGCAGAUGCUGCUCUCGUUCCCGGCCAUGCUGAGCAGCAACUCGCAGGCAUACGUCCAGCAGCAGAGGAAGCUGCACCACAUCCCGUCGUCCCGGGAGGACCUCGACGAGGAUUACGCAGUCGCGGCAGAGGAGGAGGACGAGGAGGACGACGACGACCAGGAGUGGGAGACCACGGGCAGGUGGGCCGACGAGGCAGAGGACGUGGAGGAGCAGCAGUACCAAGCCGACGACUUCAGCCCCGAGGCCCACGUGACACCAAGGGUGGUGGUGACGGCAGCAACGGCGAGGAGGUCAGACUCGAUGACCCGGGGCCGGCCCCUGCGGAGGCAGCGGCGGCGGAAUAUCGCACGGACGGUGCUCCGCGUCAAGGACAUCGGCCGCGUGCGUGACAGCGACUACGAGAGCGAGUUCUCCGAGACGGAAUGGCGGCCGAUCGGGGUCGGUGCCAGGAGCAGGGACCGCGCUGGUCAGGCGGGACGUGACUGCAGGGGAGGGUGGACUCGGAGGGGCAUGGACUGGACGCGAUGAGUGCCGUUGGCGGGUGUCGAUCAUCCAGCAGCGAUGGUGAAGAAAUGGGAGAUUUAAAAGUUCUGAGUGGGGUUGGAAUGGCACGGAAAAGCAAGGGGAAAAAGAAAACUGACCUUGAAGCACUGCGACCAGGACGGACUCUUGAGGAGCCGCAGGGUGGGCACAUGCACCUGGGCAGGCUGGCAGGCAUGACGACUGUAUGAAUGUUUUCUUUCUUGUCGGGAUACCUCACACCAGCGAUGUUGCAUUUCCAAAAUCAUGUUUUAGAUAGCAUAGCCGGCGAAUAGCUAGAGGUGUUUUUGAUUCAA